AUGUCGACUCCAGACUACUUCACCAGUGAUCCAGACUGGGAAGCAUUCGCCACUAAAAAUGACAUUCCACUGCCUUCGACCACUCCCGGACCACCGUCGGGCCCAAUCGACUUCACUCAAUUUGAUUUCGCAUCCAUGCGAGCAGAGGAAGCGACAUCUAACGCCAAAUGGGCCGAAAAUCACCCCAUAGAAGGGGUCGGCUAUACUGCAAAAUCGGCCACAGUCCGAGCCCGUGAUGGUGCCGAUAUCGACGUGAAGGUGUCCUUUCCACUAUUGGACCGUCUCCAACCUAUACGGCAAGACGGAAUAUCUCUACCAGUUCUGUUCGUCACCCAUGGUGGGGGCUGGAUUCAAGGCAAUCAUAACUUGGAAGAAUUGUGGUUCUUGUACCCCUUGUAUACGCGUUUCGACUUCGUGAUUGUCAGUGUUGAAUACCGACUAGCACCGGAAAACCGCUUCCCGACCUGGAUCGAGGAUUCCGAGGAUGUCCUAGAAGCCCUACUCGAUUCCCCAGAGGGAUUUGUCGGUUCAAACGCAAACAUCAAAGUGAAUCUCAAUCAACUUAUUCUGGCAGGUUCCUCCUCGGGAGCAGGAAUCAGUGCCGUUCUCUCUCAGAUCUGUCGUGAUAAAGGUAUCCCCAUCAAUGGUGUCAUCCUCAACGUACCCAUGCUCUGCGACCCUCGUAAUUUCCCAGUCUCCGAAUAUGGUCCCUCUGAAGAGUCCCUCCGCUCGUACACCCAGUGCAUGGAUAUUUUCAUGGGCUCAAAUGGGUUGCUCGGCAUUUGGAACCUGAUUCAUCCGGAUCCCGCCUCGAGCUUGAACAUUAAAGCUUCCCCAUUGCUUGGGAGCCUGAAAGGCCUUCCACGACAUUUGAUCUUUGUUGCAGGACAGGAUCCAUUACGGGACGAGGGGAUCGCGUAUGUUAGAAAGCUAGAAGAGGGAAAUGUAUCAGUUACGCUUCAUGUCUAUAAGGGUGUCCCGCACAAUUUCGGACACUAUUGGGAGCUAAAAGCGACAAAGAUGUUUUGGGAGGAUAUGAAAGCUACUCUGCAGAAAUGGGUGGUUUAA